AUGGGUGUUACAUAUAAGACUACGCAGGAUGUAAUAUCCGCAUUGCCGACUAGAAACCGUGCUACUCUCAACGCGGAUAACAUCAUCUACCCUGAUGGAGGACUAAAAAGCUGGCUAUAUGUAACAGGAACCUUUCUAGGCUUGGUCGCUAAUCUCAGGUUGCUCAAUUCGAUGGGUGUCUUCGAAGCAUAUUUAGACAACCAUCAACUAAAAGGAUAUGGAUCUGGGAGCACGGGCUGGAUUUGCAGUGUCUAUACAUUCCUGCCCUUCUUCUGUGGUGCUCAAAUCGGACCGAUCUUUGAUGCUCGGGGACCCCGACCUCUCCUCAUACUCGGAUCGAUCUUCCUCAUGGCGAUGAUGAUUGGGGUUGGAUUCUGUACGGAGUAUUGGCAUUUCAUGCUUUCCAUUGGGGUUGCUGGGGGAGUCGGAACAUCUCUCACCUUCACCCCUGCCAUCUCCGCCGUGAGUCACUUCUUUUAUGAGAAGAGGGGUAUUGCCACUGGUAUUGCUGCCAGCGGUGGUUCCAUAGGGGGCGUCAUCAUGCCUCUGGCCCUUCAGAAUGUCUUUGACAAAGUUGGCUUUGCGUGGGCAACCCGGGUCAUUGCUGACCUUGACCUGCUCCACAUCCUUCCGGACUUUGGUAUUUUUCUCGAAAUCAGGUUUUUCCUCACAACAAUGUCUAUCUUUUUCAUCGAGUGGGGGUUAUUCGUUCCGCUCACGUAUAUAAUUUCCUACGGCUUCGCCGAAGGGAUCUCGACUGAGUUCUCAUAUCAGCUCCUUGCCAUCUUCAACGCAGGUUCAUUUUUCGGGCGAUGCUUGCCAGGAUUCUUGGCGGAUAGGUUGGGUCGGUUUAAUACCCUCAUCGUCACAGUAGCCCUUUGCCUCAUCUUCAAUGCAUGUCUAUGGCUACCUGGUAACGGCAACGUCCCGAUGAUAGUCGUAUAUUGCUGUCUAUUUGGUUUUGCCAGCGGAAGUAACAUCAGUUUGACUCCGGUCUGUGUUGGACAGCUUUGCAAAACAGAGCAUUAUGGUCGGUAUUACGCGAUGUCAUACACUAUUGUCAGUUUCGGAACACUUACUGGAGUUCCUAUUGCAGGAGAGAUCCUAUCUCGGUGCGGGGGAGAGUACUGGGGCCUUAUCAUGUUUACUAUUUGCUGCUAUGCUGCUGGUUUAGCGCGUGCAAUCGCUGUCAAAGUGAUCCAGACUGAUUGGCGUGAUGUGUGGUGGAGUGUUUAUUAA